AUGGGAUGGGGGAUAAUCAGAAAAACGUUCCUUCGAGGAGGUGUGAAAUAUCGAAAAAUUUCUUCUUCAUUUUUCUUUGGAGGCAGCAGCAUUCUUACUUCCAUUGUACAAUCUCUAGAACUAAUUGGCAUCCUGUGGUCUAAUGUAACAACACCACCACCACCACCACCCCAAUUUAGCAAGCGAGAACAACUGCCCCGACUUACUCGUAAUUGGGCCGAGAGGUACAGGGUCCAUUUGCUAAACCAGGCUGUCAUUGUUCUUAUCAGAUGGAAGAGAAUAAUUGUAUGGACUGCUUCUAAUCCACUUAAAGAUUUCUCUGGUAGCUUGCGCGUUAUUGAUGUUUCCCAAUCUGUGGACCUUGACCACCCUCUUGCCUCAUACUUCUUAUGUUUAGAUUGCAAACAUGUUUCUGAUUUUUUCAGAAAGAAUGGUGUGAAAGUUUUGAGCACACGAGAACUGUUCGAUUUUAUAGUAGAUUCAUCUAUUACUGAUGAAUCUGUGCAUUCUUAUUUGGAAGAGGUUCAACGGGAAAUUUUGGUUUGGAGAGAUGCGAUGUCCAGGCUGAUCUCUGUGGAGGUAAAUAAUCUCGCAUCAAGUUCAUUUUCAAAGUUAAGAAGAAAUUCGAAAACCUUACAACUCUUAUCUGGUGACACCGUAGGUUUGCUUUAUCUUUCCCCAGCUCCAAAACAAUUAUUAAAGCUGCCAGAGAAAUCGGGCACGAAUGAUACCUCUACUGGACAAACGAACAACUUCGGAACCGAAUCUGGAACAGAUGAAGACAAGGAGGAGAACAAUGAUGAUGAUGAUUCUAGUGAUUCAGAAGGAUUAGAGCCAUAUGAUACUAGGAAGGAGGGUACAAGGGAGGCAGUAAUCCCUGCAGAUAAAAAGGCAGCUCGAAAAGAGAACAAGAAAAAAGUGAAAGAAGAGAAGAGAGAAGCUCGCAAGACCAAAACCCCAAAAGCUGAGAGGAAAAAGAAGAAGAAGCUGUCCAAAAACAUCAAAGCCAGGUAGUGUUGUUAGUAGCUUCAGUCCCCUAAUUUAUAGAACUGACCAAAACAUCAAAGCUGUGUAAAAAAUUGGGAGCUUCAAUUGUGUACAGCUCUUUUCCUAGUGAAAUACAAAAAAGGAUAUUUCUCCUGUACAAUUUCUAGAAAUUCUACCCGAUUAACAAAGACAAUAGAAACCAUUGGUCACCA